GACCGGCUGAGUUCGUCCACCAUCCCUCCCUCCACUUAUGGUCGCCACAAUGCGCUGUAAAAUUUGCUUCCGUUGAGUCAGAUGGGAUGUUGAAAUUUCGGGUCAAGUGUCGAUGCCAGUGUAACGUUGAGAGCAUAGCACGACUAGGAGUCAGUCGAGGUCAAGAUGAAGCCCUCUUUGCCGGCGAGCGGCAUAUAUAGGGAUCUUUUCAAUAAGGAGAGAGCUCUGCCACGCAUGAGUUGGACCGGCGUCAACCUGUAUAAUCUUUGGCAGCGGACACACAGUGAAGGGCCUUUAUACAUUGAGACUCACGCUGGGAAAUCGAAAACCCUCUAUCAGCAACGUUUCAAAGCUAGAAGGUAUCUAGCGGGUUAUCAUCUGGAGGGUAUUGUCCCUAUCAAACAGUGGGAGCGAUGGUAUCUUCCCUCCCUGUUACCGGCCAUCCAUGGAGACCGUGAGCAGAAGAGCAGAGCUGAGCGUACACUUGACAAGUGGAUCGAAGGAAAAGAAUCGGCUGGAGGACGUAAUAGGGAUGUGAAAGACGCCGAGCAAAAGGCCAGGCAGUCCACGACACCAAUCACCAGUAUGAUGUUCUCAUACAUUGAACGAAGGCUAGAUGUGGUCAUCUUCCGAGCCUGUCUCGCGAGCAGUGUAUACCAAGCCAAGCAAUUCGUUGUCAAGGGGCAUGUCAAAGUCAAUGGCAAAGUGAUCACCAACUCUGCGUCUCAGCUGAGACCAGGAGAUCUUUUCACUGUGGACUAUAGAGUCAUCAACUUCCUGAUGGACCCGGCGAAGGCGGCUCCUGCUCAGACUCUGAAUAAAGAUUUGGAGGAUGCGGAGAACGAGGAUGCUUCCACAUCAGCCCCCGCAGAAUCGGCCUCAUCCUCUCAGACGGCUCCCGUCCCCUCCAAACCAGCCUCAAGAGCGCCUAAAUCCUUCUUUGAACUGCCCAAAUUUGCUCAGGCCAGUCUUUUCGUUCCCGCUUACCUCCUCCCCAACUACCUCACCUGUUCCUGUGUUUACGUUCGACAUCCUACUGCUCGACCCGGGUACUCUGAAAUUCCAUCACCCUACGAUGCUGGAGGAGAAGUCAUGUCGCUCGGAUGGGAAUGGUGGAAGCGCAAGGCGCCUAGGAUGAGAGAGGGUAAAUUAAAGAGAUGGCUAGACCCGACGAGAAGGAAGGAUAGGAUCGCGUACCCUCUGCCGCCAACACCGCAGGUGUAGGUGGGCGAUGAUGCAGGAUGCGCUGUAGAUUGGGUUCAGGCGGAGUGAGAAGCAGAAGUUGCUCCUGGACGGAGCUUUUGUACUUUCAGCUAUUGACACAUCAAACACUUGCAUGGGUGCCAACGAAGU